UCAUUCACUUUUCUGGGACCUUAACCUUAUCUAUCCGACCCCUGUGGAGCGAGGAAGUGAUGAGAGGGAACAAAGCAUGAAUUCCCUGUGGCUCCACAAUGCAAAUCCAACAAUACACACACUCCACUUUCACUCUCACACCAGAACCACCACCACCACCACCACCCGUUAUUCCCUUUCAUCAAAGAAACCCCUUCUCCUCCAUCAACGAUUCCGAUGUUCCAUCGAGAUCGACAUGGUCAAGAACAACCAAGGCAUCUACGCUCCCAAACACGACAAAGUGGUAGUUCUCUGGGACCUCGACAACAAACCCCCGCGGGGCCCACCCUACAACGCCGCCGUUGCCCUCAAACAAGUAGCGGAGCGGUUCGGCGAUGUGGUCGAAAUCUCAGCCUACGCGAACCGCCACGCGUUCAUCCACCUCCCGCAGUGGGUGGUGGAGGAACGCCGCGAACGGAAGCAGCUCGACAUCAUGGAACGCAAGCGCGUGGUGACACCUUCGGAGCCUUACACGUGCGGCGUGUGCGGGCGCAAAUGCAAGACGAACAUGGACCUGAAGAAGCACUUCAAGCAACUCCACCAGCGCGAGCGCCAGAAGAAGCUGAACCGGGCUCGUUCCCUCAAGGGGAAAGCCAAACAGCGGUUCAUGGAACGGUUCAUUCGCGGGAACCACAAGUACAACGAAGCUGCGAGGUCUCUCGUUACGCCUAAGGUUGGUUAUGGGCUUGCUUCGGAGUUGCGUCGCGCUGGUGUGUUCGUUAAAACGGUUGAGGAUAAGCCUCAGGCUGCGGAUUGGGCACUUAAGAGGCAAAUGCAACACUCUAUGAGUAGAGGGAUUGAUUGGUUGUUUUUGGUUUCCGAUGAUUCGGAUUUUUCGGAUAUGUUAAGGAGGGCCAGGGAGGCGAAUUUGGGGACCGUUGUUGUUGGGGAUUGGGACAGGGCGUUGAGGCGGCAUUGUGAUUUGUGGGUUCCUUGGAUUGGGGUUGAGAAUGGUGAGAUUUCGGAGACGGAUUUGAUUCCCAAAAUUAGGGGAAGAGAAGAGGGUUUUGUGAAAGAUGGAUUGGAACAAGAUUAUGAUUAUAUGUUGGUCAAUAGUGAGGAUGAAGAGGACACUGAAGAAGGAGAAGAUGUGUUUUAUAUUAAUAGUGAGGAUGAGGAGGACACAGAACAAGAAGAAGAAGAAGAAGAUGGGUUUUAUAUUUAUUGAACAUACUAUUGUUAGCUAGACUGGUUUGAGGUAUCAGAAUCAAUUACCCAAAUAGAGGUUCAACGAUGUUGAAUUGAGGAUACUGUUAUGUGUAGCAUCUUUUUGGCUUCGAGGGUUGUAUUGCUUCUGUUGUGGAAUGAAGUCUCUUGUUUUUGUAAUGCUGCCUGCAAUUUUUUUCACCAUUCUGCUAAAGGUUCAGGCUGGCAAUGGUAUAUUUCUGCUCUGAACGAUUUCCUUUUUUCCUCCUCCCUUGCAUAGAUUUUAUUAAUAAGAUGACAACCUUGAUUAAUAUAUAGAAAGGUUGUAGUUUGGCAUGGCCAUUGAAAUUUUUCGAGUGUCCUAUCUUACAUGCUUGAGUUUAAUAUGGUUAUGUUUUGUUGUUUACAGUUUGUGUGGAGAGCAAACUGAUGCCCUUCCUUUUUCUUUGGACUUGCACUUAAUUUCACCUUGUUCUAACUAACCU